CAAGCUCGACGAGCAGGUGGUGCUCGCGUGCCACCGCAUUUGUAAUGGCGUGCGACGGCUAGGAAAAGGGCAACAACGCGCACGAGUGCUCGAGUUUUCGUCUGUUGUAAAAACGGGAAGUGCGUUGGUGCGUGCGUGGCGUGACAGUAUCGUGAAAAUGACAACGACGUCGUCUAUUCUGCCGUCGUAUCAGCGGUUCGUGAACGGUGUGCCGGUGCCUCUCUUCUCGAGACGGUCGUUCCGCCCGCGUGAAAAGUAUCUGAUCCUGUUGGUGUUUUUGAUGUUCGGUGUCGUGUGUUUCGGAACGUUCUUCUUUUUGCCGGAUUUCCGUCCGGGCACCGGCGGCGUUGCAGUGAACAGUGUUUACCGUGUGUACCGACAUAUGCAAAAAGCGGGACCGGAGCUGCUCAUACCGGCGCCACCUCGUAUGCAAGGGGGCCUGAAGGGGUCCAUGGGUCAUCCGAAUGCUGUGCCACCUGGACACGAGGGCAUCGAUCAUCAGGAUGUGCAUCUCCUCGAGGACAAGCAGAAACUUCAGGCGAAAAUCGACGAGGAGUAUCAGCAACAGAAGACGCUGGAGAAGCCGGAAGUGAAUAGUGAUACGCGUGUGCGUGUGAGUAGUUCGUCGCCUAUAGUGAUCCACCGGAAGGACGACGUUCUGGAGACCGUGCCGCCAGCUCCUGCGAGUAAACUUCCUUUGACGGUUGGCGGAGAGGACAAGGACCCCAUCGCCAGGCAACGGAGGGACAAGGUGAAAGAGAGAUAG